CUCCCCUCUUCGGUCUCUUAUGUAUGUAUCUGCUAUCUCCCCCUCGAUACUUCAUGCGUAACGCGAACAUUGCUAGUGUUUACGGUGCGAGGAGGAUUUGACUUGUCGAUGCACGCGUCGAUGCAAUCAUGACUACGAAAAUGAUAGAUAAUGUAAUGAAUGCACAUGAAAAGGAGAAUAGUCACCCACGUGCGAGAUUUUAUAAAAAGCCGAUUAAAAGAGACAAUUACAACUUGGACGUGGACAACAUUGAUACUUCUCAGGAAGUAAGGCGCAAACGAUUAUUACAGUUUCAAAAAAAAUGCAGGGACACUGCAUUCAACGAUGCAAGAGGUAUAUUAAAAGAAGCAUUUAAUUCUGAGGAUGAAUGCGAUGAUGUUAUGGAAGUCGAUGAGAUCGACAGGAAGAAGUACCAUCCGUCGAGACGAAAUAAGAAUUACGCAAAUCAGUUAAUGAUGUCUGAAUGGAUGUUAGAAGUACCUCAGGAUCUUCUCGAGAAAUGGACAAUGGUCCCUUGUCCUCAAGGGAAACGGACUUUAAUAGUAGCAUGUAAGGGUGUAACUAAAGUAUACAACAAACGAGGGUAUUUGCUUGCUAAAUUUCAUUCGGCGUUGCCAGGUGGCAAUUCGUUGGAGCACAGAGGCAGUUGUACCAUUCUUGAUUGUAUAUGGAUUAAACAGGAAAAGAUUUAUUACAUUCUGGACGUGCUCGCUUGGUCCAAUCAGUCCCUGAUGAAUUGCGAUACCGAGUUUAGAUUCUAUUGGCUGAAAACGAAGUUACAAGAAAUGGAAGAAUUACAGGAGAGAAAGACGUAUAGAAAUCAUUUUCCUAUAUUACAUUUACCGAGUAUCAACUGUAAUACUAAUAUAAGUGCAGCAUUAGCGGAUCUUCCACACUUGUAUCCUUUGGAUGGCUUACUGUUUUAUCAUAAAGAUGGGCAGUACACCAAAGGUCGUACACCGCUCGUAACGUGGUUGAAAUCUUUCAUGUUACCCGAAGUACUUAAUAUUCUCGUAAUGCCACCACUCGACGAACAACCAGACGGAUACGUCGAUUAUCUACAUUACAUUCUCCAUAGUAAAGCGAAAAAAAAGAUAGGUGAACCGAGAGAAGAAAUUCAGAUGGAGGUCGUAGAUGAGAAAUCGUAAGAUUUUAUUUAUAUGAACGAGCUUCGUAACAGAAGGGAUUCGUAAUUAAUUUCUCACGGACUAUAUAAAAAUAUUUUAUCGAUAAAACGUAUGUGUUGUACAGAGUAAUACAUAAUUUGACUUCUGAUAAUAAUAAGUCUGUGAUAUAAAAGUAGAAAUACAUACAUACAAGGUACGAGUCUACUACUGAUUAUAAAUAAAGGACCCCGUCUUGCAGGUCAUUUAUUUAUAAUAGUACAUUUACAGGAUGCAUUAUAUUAGUAAUUAUCGUUAAAAAA